AUGGUAGAUUAUGCUUAUGGUCUAUAUCAUGUUGUAUGCAUAGUCGAUGAACUGGCGAGGACGGUAGUGGAGGUAAACGACGAUGGGUUUUCUGUAACUUUAGAGUUAUAUGUGGUAUCUGAUUUGGGAACCUUGUACUCCAAGACUAUAGAUUACCCUAUCCGCAUAAAAGGAAGUGAGGAAUUGUUGUACAAGCUGUCUUCAGAUAAGGCUUGGGCUGAAAGAGUAAGGAAAUGUGUGCCUGAGACUUCUGCUAGAGUUGAGUCAGAUAUUCUCAAGAAGGGGUCCAUCGGAAACAACUUCUCUACUUCUCCUGAGGUAGUGGUAUGGUCUGCGAACACUCUACCCUCGCUAAACUCCACUAAGUGGGAAUGCACUAGAUUGCAGAUUAAGAAAGAGAAGUCAAUUGCUAAAGUUUAUGAAGUAAAAGCAAUUGUUGUAUCCUUAGAGGAAAGAGCCAAGCGCAUACUUGAAAACAAGGAAGAAAUAUCUGAAUUUGAGGAUGUUGUAAGGGCUUCAAAUGAGAUUUCUGUGAUUCUUCCUUCUCUUGAUGAAGUCAAGGAUGCGGGUCGAUGGCUAAGUCUCGGCUAUCUAGGUCACAGCCCUUUCCAUCACGUGAUUCUAUGACACUUGGUUCAAGUCCUCUUGAAGUUGAGAUUUUGAAGGUGGGAGUAGGAUGCCUUCUCUGUGUUGCAUGAUACAGAGUGGUUGUUGAAUGUUGAAAAUAUAGAUGAUGAAAUAUUGAGCAGACGUAGUAAAACUGAAAAACAUAUGCAAGCCAUAGACUCAGUUGUAGAAGCAGGUCAAGGACUUGGUUUCAAGUUUGAUUUGGUUCCAAUACUUCAAGAUGCUUUCUCUACUCUUCGUGGGAUCUAUCUUUAGCUACUGAGAUUCCAACUUGAGAGCUUUGGAAGUCUCCAUUCAAUCCACUACUGGAAGAUCCAACUUAAGUGAUGCUGUAGAAGUUCUGAGACAGUAUCAGGAAUUUGUUAUUGAUUCUUGUGAAUUAAAAUGGAUAGAUAUUAUUCUCCUCAACCAUGUUCUAGUUUUAAAGAUAAUUCUCAUCGCCUUAUAGAAGAGUUUGGUGUGAAUUCACUUAAAUCCGAUCCCGGAGAAAGAAAACCAAUUCAUGCUUCUUGGAAUGGCAGGCUUGAAUCCAAUGAAUGUUUUUUCUAAUUUUGAUAAAAAAAAAAUGAUGAUAUUGGCCAAACAUUAUCCGGAUGAGUUUGGUGAAUCAAAGCUUCGAGAACUUAGUUACCAACUUGAUACUUUUAUUAUACACAUGCGGCGUGGUGAUCCUAUAUUCUCUAAUUUAAAAGGAAUUGGUGACUUGGCAGAAGCAUUGGUUAAUGCAAAUCUUGUGAAGACUUAUUCUCUUGUGUACUUACUUGUGAAGUUAACGUUGAUUUUACCAGUCGCCACUGCAACGGUAGAGAGAGCUUUUUCAUCCAUGAAGCAUAUCAAGAAUGAAUUGCAUAGUAGUAUUGGUGAUGCAUUUUUAAGUGAUUGUUUAGUUUGUUAUAUUGAGAAGGAUAUAUUUAUAAAUAUAAGCAAUGAUGUAAUCAUUGACUGUUUUCAGAAUAUGAAAAUACGUUGAUGUCUAGUAUGAAAGGAUGAUCUACUUUUGUUAUAUUAGUUCUAAAUUAAUAUCAUUUGAUCAUUUUGAAGUUUAUACUUUGCCCUUUUUUUUAAUAAUUUUUAAGUUUAAAAGAUUCAUAUGUCAAAUUGUGUAGUUGAUGUUGCCCAAAAAAAUUGUGUAGUUGAUAAUCGAUAUGACUAUGUUAAAGAUAAUGGUGCACCCCCUAUCUUCAAAUACUAGGUUCACCUCUGAAGCUAUCUCAAAUGCUAAUCAUAGUAU